AAAAACUCCCAUCUAUACCAAAAAAAUCAUAGAAAACCAGCAAAAAACACUCCGAUUCGCUCCAUUCCAGUUCUAGGGUUGCUUUUCAUCGUCAAUCUACAGUCUAUCGGAGCUUCCAUCCGAUUCAGAAUGGACGCUAGUGCGAAUUUGGAGGCGGCCAUAGAGCGGCUGCAGAAUGCGGAGAAGCAGGCGAGGCUCGCCGGCGAGGUCGCCGCCACGAGGCAGGCAGUCACCGAAAUUCUGGAGCUCUGCUUCCAGGCUAAGGACUGGAAGUCGCUGAACGACCAGAUUUUGAUCCUCUCUAAGAAGCGCGGUCAGCUCAAGCAGGCUGUAUCUGCAAUGGUGCAGCAAGCAAUGCAGUAUAUUGAUCAGACACCAGAUGUUGAAACCCGCAUAGAACUCAUUAAGACCCUGAACAAUGUAUCUGCUGGGAAGAUUUAUGUUGAAAUUGAGAGGGCACGCUUGGUAAAGAAACUAGCCAAGAUUAAAGAAGAACAAGGCCUUAUAGCUGAAGCUGCUGAUCUGAUGCAAGAAGUUGCAGUUGAAACAUUUGGUGCUAUGGCGAAGACUGAAAAGAUUGCCUUCAUACUUGAACAAGUUCGUUUAUGCUUAGACAGGCAAGAUUAUAUCCGUGCUCAAAUUCUGUCGAGGAAAAUCAGCACAAGGGUGUUUGAUGUCGAUACUUCUAAGACGAAGAAGAAGCCUAAGGAAGGUGAUAAUGUUGUUGAAGAGGCUCCUGCUGAUAUUCCAUCCCUGCUGGAGCUGAAGCGGAUCUACUAUGAAUUGAUGAUAAGGUAUUACUCCCAUAACAAUGAGUACCUCGAGAUCUGCCGCUGCUACAAGUCAAUAUAUGAGAUUCCUGCCGUGAAGGAAGAUCCAGCCCAGUGGACACAGGUCCUGAGGAAAAUCUGCUGGUACCUAGUUUUGGCACCACAUGAUCCGAUGCAGUCGAGUCUUCUCAAUUCCACCCUGGAAGACAAAAAUCUCUCUGAAAUUCCCCAGUUUAAGACGUUGUUGAAACAACUGGUCACGAUGGAGGUUGUUCAAUGGACGUCCCUAUGGGAUAGUUACAAGGAAGAGUUCGACAGCGAGAAGAAUUUGCUUGGAGGUUCUUUAGUGGAUAAAGCAGCUGAAGAUCUGAGGCAAAGAGUAAUUGAACAUAAUAUCCUGGUCGUCUCUAAAUAUUACUCGAGGAUUACCGUCAAGAGAUUGGCAGAGUUGUUGUGUCUCAGCAUUCCAGAAACGGAGAAGCACCUUUCGGAGAUGGUGGUGUCCAAGGCACUGAUAGCCAAGAUCGACAGGCCGAUGGGAGUCAUCAGCUUCCAAGUAGCGAAAGACAGCAACGACAUCCUCAACUCCUGGGCCGUGAACUUGGAGAAGCUGCUCGAUCUCGUCGAGAAGAGCUGCCAUCAAAUCCACAAAGAAACCAUGGUUCACAAAGCCGCCCUGAAAGUCUGACAAGAACAUUAACCAACCCCGUGGUGAGAAUUUUCAGUUUGGCCAAGCCCGCAGCUCGCUUUCAGAAGAAUGUUCUUCCUUUCCUGACCAGGUCGAUGAUUGAUUCAUGCAUGGCGGCCUGCUCAGUUCCCCCCUUCUUCCUGAAGUUUGAUUGCCUUUUGUGUUUCCGGGGAUGUGCUAGUGAGACAUUAAUCAGACAAAACUUGUUGUAUACUUUUUCCGGAUUCGCGCACCUUAGUACGCAGUUUUAGAACUCCGCUGGCUAAUGGCUUCGACUCUGAUUAUUACGCUUCGACUCGUUUAUUAUUAUAUUUACACCAUAGCUCAGCGGAAAGAACUUGAGAAAACCAUGGCUCUUAUGAUCGAAUCGAAACGACUUUCAUCUUACAUUUUCUUUUCUACUCUCUGGAACAAAAACCAACUCGGGCCAGCUGGGUCAGCUAAGGAAGAAAAAGGAAAGCAGCAGAAGUCUACACUAUCCUGAAGGAGAAUCGCCACCACUAUUACAAGACGGGGUCGCCGGCCACGGCGAACUCUGCUGGAAAUCCGGCAGCAGAGGGUAAUACGCCUGCAUUGGCAGCUGGUCGAGAUACGUCGACGACGCCUGAUCAGACAGCUGCGACGAGGAUUGAUGAUGAUGAUGAUCGUAGUAUCCUCCGACUCCCAGCACCAGCUGAGAAGUCGAAUUCGACGGCUGCUGCUGCCGAUCACCGCCGCGGUUCAUGUUCAACAAGCUCAUGAACCUUGUCUGGUUGUUGGUGUUGUGGUGGUGAGCAUAAUGAGGAAAAGCAGCAGCAGUAGUCACGCCGCUGCUGUGACUGCUGCUGCUGCUGCUCGUGGUGCUGCUUGUGUUGAUGGUCCGGAGCUUGACGUUCUCCGGGAAGUUGAGCUUGGCCUUGCUGCCUCUGAACCUCAAUGCGGCCUCGUCGUACGCUCUGGCCGCCGCCUCCGCCGUGUCGAACGUCCCCAGCCACACUCUGGCGGCCUUGAACGGGUCUCGAAUCUCCGCCGCCCAUUUCCCCCAUGGCCGCCUCCUCACUCCCCUGUACUUCCUCCCGCUGCUGCCUUCCUCUGCCGCUGCCGGUCCGUGGUGGCCCGACGACGGGGUCGGAGUGUGUUCGUACACCACCGUGGUUGUACUACUGCUCGUCAUCGGCGCUGCUCCUGAUGGCGGCGGCGGAAGCGACGGAGGAGUAUUGAUGUUGAAUAAAAAGCUAACCUUGUGCAGCUAAUGGAGAUGGCGAAGGUCGUGCCGCAGCUUGUUGAGAAAGUAGAAAAUCGACAUGACGAUAUUGAUUAUGUUGUUGAAGAAAAGGAGGAGCUCCAAAUAACCCAAACCCAUCAUUCUCGUAGCGAAAUUGAUCACCACUUCCUCCACCACCGCCGGAAGCCACGACGUGGGUCAAAGCGGAGACCAUCGCCUCCAUCUCGCUCUCCGUCGACAUCAGCAUGUGCCUGGGAGUAUUCUUCACCACUUCCUCCGCCAUUAAUGGCGGACCAAUUAGCUCACCGCCACCGUUCCCAUCAUCUUCUUCUUCUUCCUUCAUCUUCCUCUUACUUCCG